CUCGGCUGUCUUUUCCAAUUAAUCCGUCACCCGUUCUCCGUGGGAUGUACAGUCAAAUAGGUGAAUAUCCUGGAAUAUUCACCUGGAACCAAUUUCCUCCCAACCUUGUGCUGUAGACCUUGUCGAGGCUCGUUUGCCUCGAGCUCGAGCCAGACCCAAGACCCAGAGUUCGUCCGUCGGCUGGAUUCCGACAAAUCCUUUCGCCCACAUAAUGUGUGUUCCUACAAGAACAAUGCCGAAAUCCACUUUUGUCCACCACGUUCCCAUUUCUCCUGCUAGAUCCGGCAUCCCGUACUAUUUGUCCAAGCUAGACGCUCUGGGGAACAUCUCCGAUCGGUGGUGAGACCUUUCGAGUCCCGACCGAGGUGCCUGGUGGCCAUCAGACAUUCCAUAAAACCUCGAGCAUCGCGACUGGUUUCCCCCCUGGCGACGAUUUAAACUCGCGAUCGGCACACCUACCUCCCACUUCUGGUCUGCAAGCCUUCUCCAUCUUUUGACUUUCCACCACAUUAUCACUCCACUAUGAAGGCCUGGUUGGUAACCGUUGCGGCGUUGGCCUCAACGGCCGUUGCCUCUCCUUCGUUCCAACCUCGCUCCUCGAGUCAAUGCCGCUGCUUGCCCGGUGAUCACUGCUGGCCAGCGGCGCCAGCUUGGGCUUCGUUGAACCGCACCGUUGGUGGUCGUCUGAUCGCUACCGUCCCCAUUGGUAGCCCUUGCCACGACCCCAACUACGAUGCGGCGGCUUGCGCGGCCCUGCAGGACUCCUGGACGGAGCCUCAGCCUCACCUGGCGUCCUCCUCCUCGGUGAUGCAGAUGUUCUUUGCCAACCAGACUUGCGACCCCUUCACUGCGGAGAGCAAGCCCUGCACGUUGGGCAACUUCCCUGACUACUCCGUCAAUGUUUCGUCUAGCGCCGAUAUUGUGGCUGCCGUUAACUUUUCCCGGGAAAACAACAUCCGCUUUGUGAUUAAGAACACCGGUCACGACUAUCUGGGUCGCUCAACCGGUGCCGGUGCCCUCUCUGUCUGGACCCACCAUCUGACCGACAUUGAAUACACCGAAUGGUCGGACUCUUACUACCAGGGUCCCGCCUUCAAGAUCGGUGCCGGUGUCUUGGGCUACCAGAUCCUCGAAGCUGCGACUGCCAAGGGUCUCGUCGUCGUCACUGGUGAAUGCCCUACUGUCGGUCUCGCUGGUGGCUACACCCAGGGUGGUGGCCACUCCGCCCUGAGCACCCAGUUCGGUCUCGGUGCCGAUCAGACUCUGGAGUUUGAGGUUGUCACCGCCGCCGGUAAGGUGGUGACUGCCUCGCGCUCCAAAAACUCCGAUCUGUUCUGGGCUCUCAGCGGUGGUGGUGCCGGUAACUACGGUGUCGUUGUUUCCAUGACCGUCCGGGCUCACCAGGAUGCCACCAUCUCUGGUGCUGCGCUCGAGUUCACUGUCUCCGGCAUCACUACCGAUACCUUCUACGAGGCCGUCGCGCAGUUCCACCAGCUGCUGCCCGCUAUGAUCGAUCAGGGUGUGACCGUCAUCUACGAGAUGACCAACACCGUCUUCAUCAUCAACCCUGUCACUGCCUACAACAAGACCUCUGCCGAGGUCAAGGCUAUCCUGACCCCCUUCACCGAUGCCCUCACCAACCUUGGUAUCACCUACGCGUUGGGUCUGACCCAGUACACUUCGUACUAUGAUCACUACAACAAGUACAUGGGUCCCCUCCCCUGGGGUAACUUGGCCGUUUCCACCUACCAGUACGGUGGCCGUCUGAUUCCCCGCGACACCCUGGAGAACAACUACGAGGGCAUGGCAUCUGCUCUGCGUAACAUUACCGAGUCCGGCGUCAUCGCCGUCGGUGUCGGCAUGAACGUGUCCAACCCCGCCUCCGCCAGCAGCGGCGUCUUCCCCGCUCUCCGCAACGCCGCCGUGACCAUGCAGAUCGGUACCGCCUGGAACGAGACUGCUCCCUGGUCCGAGAUGGUCGCUGACCAGUGGAAGAUCACCAACGAGUACGUUCCCCAGCUGGAGGCCGUCACCCCCAACAGCGGCUGCUACCAGAACGAGGCCAACUUCCGCCAGCUCAACUGGAAGGACACCUUCUUCGGAAGCAACUACAGCCCUCUGCUCACCGUCAAGAACAAGUGGGAUCCCAAAUCGUUCUUCUACGCCCUCAAGGCCGUUGGCAGUGAUGCUUGGACUGUGGCCGACUCUGGCCGCAUGUGCCGUGCUUAAAUAAAAUGAGGGGGUAGACGGUGGAUUUGUAUACUAUCGUCCUGAAACGACUAUAUAAUGUUUGCGUUGAAAAGCGCUUGGUGUAAUAUAGAUUGAAUUCCUUGUGUGAUAACGAAUAGAAUUGAUCUGCUGAUUGAAACAUUCACAACU